AAGGGCAUAAUCGAUGGUUUCCCAUUUUCCCUUCCCCCCAUCGGACCUUUCCCUCCACAGCCAAUUUCUACCGACACCACUCGCGCCAAUCCCGACGGUUUCGGCUCGGUCAAAUUUCUCGCCUCAGCGGUCCUCUGGUCCAAUCGCCACUGUCAGGACCGCCAACCCCCGCCACUCUGACCAGCUCACUCGGCUAAGAGAGAGAACGGCGAGGGUCUACAGGGGGAUACUCUCCGGUCGCCGGUCCCAUCUCAUCUCAUUCAAUUCGAGUUCAGUUUCUCUGCGGAAAUCUAAGCCGCUCCUUUUAAUGGUGUGAUGAUAUAAUAAGCAUUGAUAGCGCCAUUAAUGGGCAACUCCCAUGGCCAUCGCAAGUUCCGUAACAGCGCCCCGCACAACCCUAACCCCUCCCCCAAUUAUUACGCUCCUCCCCCAUAUUUAUACCGUCCUCCCGGUCCGUCGUCCUCGCAGAUCGGCAACGACGCUGCUCCGAGAAUGACGUCACUCCCGUACGGCCACGUCGACUCCAGCCUGCGCUCCCUCGCCGGCCAGGCCGAGGGCUUCGGCCGCUUCGCCGUCGGCGGCCUUCACGGUCCUUUGUACCACGUCACCACCUUGGCCGAUGAUGGUCCGGGAUCGCUCCGGGAUGGAUGCCGCAAGAAAGAACCACUUUGGAUUGUUUUCGAUAUUUCGGGCACCAUUCAUCUCUCGUCUUACUUGAAUGUCUCAUCGUACAAGACCAUUGAUGGCCGUGGCCAGAGGAUUAAGUUUACGGGGAAAGGUUUGAGGCUGAAGGAGUGUGAACAUGUCAUCAUCUGCAAUCUAGAAUUUGAAGGUGGAAGGGGACCUGAUGUUGAUGGGAUUCAGAUAAAACCCAAUUCAAAGCACAUCUGGAUAGAUCGUUGUAGCCUCCGAGACUAUGACGAUGGCCUGAUAGAUAUAACUCGACAGAGCACCGAUAUCACUGUUUCUAGGUGCCACUUUUCAGCCCAUGAUAAGACAAUGCUCAUUGGAGCAGACCCAACUCAUGUUGAGGACAGAUGCAUCAGGGUGACAAUUCACCAUUGUUUCUUUGAUGGCACCCGACAAAGGCACCCUCGAGUUAGGUUCGGGAAAGUACAUCUGUACAAUAACUAUACAAGGAAUUGGGGCAUCUAUGCUGUUUGUGCUAGUGUAGAAUCACAGAUAUAUUCUCAAUGUAAUAUCUAUGAAGCGGGGCAGAAGAAGGUGUCUUUUAAGUAUUACACAGAGAAAGCGGCAGACAAGGAGCAUCCACAGACAGGGCAUAUAAAGUCCGAGGGGGACCUGUUCAUUACCGGAACACAACCAGGACUAAUGUCUGAACCCAAUGAACGCUGUGUCUUUCACCCAAGUGAGUUCUAUCCCGCAUGGACAGUCGAACCCCCCACGGACUCUCUCAAACAGGUCCUUCAACACUGCACGGGCUGGCAGUGCCUGCCACUGCCUGCAGAUAAGGGUAUACCAGCGUAGCUUCCUUUGGAGAAGGUAUUUGAAACUACAAAUAUAUACUAAAAGUUUUCACCUUGAGUUCUGCCCUCUACUGCAUGUAUGUUGAAAUCCUUUGACUCUGUGUGGAUUUCUUCUACUGAAGAAAUUAAGAAGCUGUUCUUGUUUUGACAUUGUUUACUAUAUACAUCCUUGUCCUGGAGGAGAGAUGCCAUGUAAUCUUGUUUAGUAAUUGCCUUUUUCUUCUUUUUUUAUUUUUUCCUAAAUGUUAUUGCUACUUACGGCUCCUAACGCCGUACGGUACUCUUCUAA